AUGGAUACAGAUUCGCGACCCAAAUGUUUUCGUAAUCUCCCACACGAGUUUACUUGCGUUUUGACCAUAUCUUGUGCACAACUUCUAACUCAAGCGUCAAUUGGAAACGUCCUCGCACCAUUGCAUAUCAUUGGUCCAGCUAUUGGUAUAAAUGAUAGAAAUCGAUUACCAUGGACGUGUGCAGCAUAUUCUCUAACUGUUGGUAUUUUCAUCUUAAUCACUGGUCGAUUGGGUGAUAUUUUUGGCCAUAAACUAUUAUUUAUCCUUGGAUUUAUAUGGUAUGGUAUAUUCAGCCUGUUAACAGGAAUGGCAGCAUAUAUUCGUAAUGAUAUAUAUUUUGAUAUAAUACGGGCAUUCCAAGGUAUAGGUCCCGCAACAGUUUUACCCAAUGGAAUUGCUCUUCUCGCUCGUGCAUAUCCAGCUGGAAGACGGAAGUCGUUGGUAUUUGCAUUUUUCGGUGCGACGGCACCAGUGGGAUGGAGUAUGGGAGCUGUUUUUGCAAGUAUUUUUGCUCAGUUUGUUUGGUGGGCAUGGAGUCAAUGGGUUUUAGCAGGUGCUUGUAUAAUUCUGGCUAUAUUAGCAUAUUUUAUUAUUCCUACAGAACUUUCACCGGCUGUUCAACCAAUGGGUAAAAUUGAUAUACCGGGCGCAGUUACAGGUAUCACAGGUCUUGUUCUGAUCGUUUACGCUUGCAAUCAAGGACCAGUUUCAGGCUGGGACAAACUAUACGUACAUCUUCCGCUUGCUCUUGGAUUUAUUAUUCUUGGUUUAUUCAUAUUGAUUGAGAUUAAAACAGACGAACCUAUUAUGCCACCAUCUCUUUGGACAGCUCCAGGUUUCCCUGGCGUAAUUGUUUGUGUAGGUCUAGGAUGGUCUAGUUUCGGCAUCUGGAAUUAUUAUUUUGUUCAAUUUGUUGAAGUUGUACGACAGAAGACGCCAUUGUUAUUGUGUGCCAUGUUUUCACCAACAGUGCCUGCUGGUUUUGUUGCAACUAUUCUUGUCUCUCAACUUUACCAUCGAGUAGCUGGUCAUUAUCUUUUAAUGAUAUCGAUGGUUGCUUUUUGUACUGGAAAUGCACUGAUCGCUACAGCUCCCGUUGAUCAAACUUAUUGGUUACAAACUUUUGUGGCUACACUUAUAACACCAUUUGGUAUGGAUAUUAGUUUCCCUGCUGCGUCGCUCAUCGUGAGCAAUUCUAUGCCUAUUCAUCAGCAAGGUGUAGCUGCAAGUAUGAUUAACACUGUUAUCAAUCUAUCCGUAUCACUCGGACUCGGAAUAGCAGGAACAGUGGAAAGCCAAAUAAACAAAAACGGUGACAAUGUGUUGAAAGGAUAUAGAGGCGCGUUAUAUGCUGGUAUUUGUCUCAGUGGUGUGGGUAUCAUUGUUGCUUUGCUUUUUUGUCGAGUGCCUAAGCCGGCAGUAUCCAUGGAAAAGAGUAUUGCAGACGAAGAACAGCAAGUAGGUCAGGUUAACGGACCUGGAACAGAAGGUGAAGGACUAGAAGGUGAAUUAUCGAAAUAG